AUGUCUUCUGUGAAGCUCUAUAUAUACGAUCUAUCCAACGGACUCGCAAAGUCGCUCUCACAGCAGCUCACUGGCCGCCAAAUUGACGGCAUAUGGCACACCUCGAUCGUUGUCUUCGGCAAGGAAACAUUUUACGGUCAAGGAAUCAGUGUUACGCUUCCUGGGAGGUCGCACCAUGGUCAGCCGUUGCAGGUCGUUGACUUGGGGGAGACGAUGCUCGACGAAGAGACAUGGCAGGAAUAUUUAGAAGAGAUGAGAACACAUUAUACGGCUGACAAGUACCAUUUACUAGACUUCAAUUGCAACUCAUUCACAAAUGAUUGUGCUGGUUUCUUGACUGGUGGAUCUAUACCUGCAUUCGUUAGAGAUCUCCCAACGGACUUUUUGUCCACGCCUUUCGGUGCUGCCCUACGACCAACAAUAGACGCAAUGUACCGCCGCCCAUCACCUGGUGCUCCUGAGGUACCGCCACCAACCCCCAACCAACCCAUCGCAUCGUCGCUUUUACAAGCUGUUGCUUCGCAAGCCCAGCAGCCAGCAACCACCUCAAUUCAACCCCCUCCACUGGCUGCAACCGAAAGCCUCGCCGGACCAAUGCAUACCACAACAAAUUCGGCAUCUUUCCGAACGCUAUUGCAAAGCCAUCGUGCUGUUGUAGCCCUAUUUACUGACCCAGCGGGCUGUGCCCCAUGUAGAAUGAUAGCGCCAUAUUACGAGGACCUCGCGAUUGAGAAGGGGCUUCGCUCAGCCACUAGUCGUGGUGCAACAUUCACCAAGAUCGACCCAAGUGUUGGCAGUGGCCAAGCGCUAUGUUCUGAAUGGGGCAUCCGCGCAUAUCCGACAUUUAUGUUCUUUUUGAAUGGAAAGAAGACGUCAGAGCUCAGAGGCGCUGAUCCUGGGGAACUACGCGCACAGGUCGAUUUGCUUCUCUUCGAGGCUUAUCCGCCACAUCCCCAUGCUUCCCUACCUCUCCCUGGCAUGAAAACCUUAUCGCUCUCGCCGAUUCUCUUUACACAAGUACCUGCGCUUGAUGCUGUCCUCACCAAACUGGUCUCAUUCAUCGACGCUGCCCCACAAUCUCCUCAUUCGACGCAAGCCAAAGAAAUCCUGCGGUCCCAGGUCGUACCUUUCUUGAAGAGCAAGUUUGGCCCCGACAAACCCAAAGCCCCUCCGCCUACAAACGUCGCAUUCUUGACUGCAUGGGGUGCCGUUACGAUGACUCUCGUGGGUGCACUGCCUAAGGAAUCCCUCUUUCCACUGGUUGAUAUGUGGCGUCUGGCGGUGCUUGACCCAGCUACAGCUACUUGGCUUGCUGGGUCUCCAGGAGCCGGUCCAGUUGGCUCUAUCAUCAAGCUGGCGCAAGAAACUCUGGAAAGCGGAGCAGAAGACAAGGGCGCGCGCAACUUUGUAUUGACAGCCCUACGGUUGUUGACGAAUGCGUUUGGAAACAGCGCAUUAUCACGCGUGUUGCUCGCUGGCACCGAUGGUUCAGCUAUGAGCACCCUUGUUCCGGCUUUAUUACACGCUGAUAGCGCUGUGAGGACGGCAGCAGCUAGUUUGGCCUUCAAUGCCUCUGUUCCCGUUCAACGCGUGCGGGUGAAUACUGGUGCAGGUUUGGGUGGUCUCCCGCCAACAACCAAUGUCGACCCGUCGGAUGUUGCGUCUGCCGCUGAUGAGGACUGGCAGGUGGAACUCGUGAGCGCACUGACCGAGGCGCUCAAAGAGGAAUCUGGCGAAGAAGUUAUCCACCGACUCGCGGGUGCCUUGGCGUGUUUGCUACGAUUCGCACCCAAUGACGGACAGGUCUGGUCACUAGUCGAAGUGCUCGAUGUGAAGGCGGUCGUUUCUGGGAAAGCAGCAGUCGUGAAUAAGAAGGAAGUCCAAGGGCUAAUCACAGAUGUCGCCAGCCUGGUCGGCUAG